GUCACAUUCCGUCCACCACCAACAAAUACCUGACAUGCCGUGCUACAACUUCAAGAGCAUCACGGUAGUACCAUCAUCCAAAGACUUUAUUGACAUCGUCUUGUCGAAAACUCAAAGGAAAACUCCGACUGUUAUUCAUCCGCAAUAUGCAAUCGGACGUAUUAGACAUUUUUAUAUGCGUAAAGUCAAAACGUGUCAGCAGUUUUACCAUGAUAAACUUCAAACAAUUCUCACAGAAUUCCCUAAAGUGGAGAAUAUACAUCCAUUCUAUGCAGAUCUCAUAAACGUUUUAUAUUCCAAAGAUCACUACAAACUUGCAUUAAGUCAGCUUAAUACUGCCAAGAAUUUGAUUGAUGGCAUCGGUCGAGACCAGGUGAAGAUAUUAAAGUAUGCAGAAUCCCUAUAUCAAUGUAAAACACUCAAACGAGCUGCUCUAGGAAGGCAAGUUAAAUAAAUUACAAUUAACCAAAGGUUAGGAUGUGUACAGUAAUCAAGAGACAAGCAGAUAACUUGAAAUUCUUGGAAGAUACACGACAACACAUGUCUAGGUUACCAAGCAUUGAUCCGGAUACUCGCACUAUCAUUCUAUGUGGUUUCCCGAAUGUUGGAAAGUCGAGCUUUAUAAAUAAGAUAACUCGAGCUGAUGUAGAUGUUCAGCCGUUUCCGUUUACAACUAAAUCUUUAUUUGUUGGACACACGGAUUAUAAAAAUUUACGAUGGCAAGUAAUUGAUACACCUGGUGUAUUAAAUAGACCCUUGGACGAACAUAACACGAUCGAAAUGCUGUCCAUUACAGCACUUGCACAUCUACAGGCUGCUGUAAUAUAUAUCAUGGAUUUGUCUGAACAGUGUGGAUAUACUAUACAACAACAAUUAACGCUAUUCCAAAACUUGAGACCUCUUUUCCGUAACAAACCUCUUGUAAUAGCCGCUAAUAAAGUUGAUAUCAAACCAUUUGAAGCACUAUCUGAGGAAGAUAAACAAUCAAUUAAUAGUAUUGUUCAGUGGCAUACUGAUAGACAGAUCAGAGAUCCGGAUCGACCAAUCUUUGUAGAAAUGUCCACUGUCACUGAAGUUGGUUUAGUAACUGUUCGUUCAGUUGCAUGUGAUGACUUGUUAGCUCAACGUGUACAAGCAAAAAUUCGAGCUGCCGCUCUGCCAGGCAGUAAUGUUGAUAUCUCUAAUCGACUGUAUAUAGCUAAACCGAAACCAGACGGAAACAAGACAGACGCACCAUCUCGUCCACCGAUAAUCCCCGACGGUGUUCUAGAUAAACAAAGGAGACGUAUGCUAAAACGUCUUCGUAUUGCUAAUUCACUCCAACCUAGCUCGCAACUUGAAGACGAAGAUGAAGACUCAUCGAAACGUUGUCGAACCGUGCGUGAUCGUGAACCAGAAGCUGAUCCUGAUGAAGGCUUCAUAUUGAAUUUAAGAGAGCAUUGGCGUAUAAAAUGUCCUGAAGAGGCAAAUGAUAUAAUCCCUGAGAUUUUGAAUGGACAUAACUUGAUCGACCUAUUCGAUCCUGAAAUUGAGGAGAAACUAAAUGCUUUGGAAGAACAAGAGGCUGCUUUCGAAAAUGCUGGGUUUUACGAUGAAUCUGAAUUACUGAAGCAAGAAAAUGACCCAGAAAUGAAAAAAAUCAGAGAAACCGCAGCGAAGAUAAGAGAGGCACGAGCAUUGCGUGUUUUGGAAUCACGAGCUCGUAAGCAAGUACGUAGACCUCAAGUACCUCGAAGCGCCCGUUCAGUCAGUGUACAUAAAAUACAUCAAGAGCUGGGUGAGCUUGGUUUAGAAGUGGAUAUGCAUGAGCAAGGCGAACGUGGUCGUUCACUAAAGAGAGCUGCUAGAGCACGGAACUCAGCACCAAAUCUGCACCGUGAGGCUUCAAUUGCACGUGCAUCUGUAUCGCGAUCUAGAUCCGGUUUACGUGAUGAAAAAAUGCAUGAUACCGUUAAACGCAUGUCCAAAAUUGCUCAACGUAAGGUUGUAACAUUAGCACGGAAAGGAGAAGGAGAUCGUCAUAUUCCAACACUAAAACCAAAACAUCUGUUUUCAGGCAAACGAGGGACUGGGAAAACUGAUCGUCGUUAAUUUAUUCCUUUUGAGUGAUUUUAUAACAAUAAGAUAUUUUUUUUAAAAAUCACUGGUUUGUUUUUAGAACAAUUUGUACGCAUAUGAUAAAUAUAAUAUCAUGGUUUUCAAUGCAAGGAUAAAAUUUACCGUGUUGACAAAACAAAAAUCUGAUUUCCACGCAUUUGACCUCUGUAAUCGCUUAUAAGUUUUUAAACGUUAUCUCAUCUAAAAGUUUGGUGUAAUGAUUAACAGUUCCACCGCGAGCUGCAUUCCAAACACCAAUUUCUCCUGACGGUUUAUAAACCAUUGAAAGACCACAUAUAGGUUCACAAUUCACUCCAGUAAGCUCCAGACUAGUAGGGAUUUGUGCAUCACUAUGUGCUGUUGCUGGAUCAUACGGAUAAACAAGAGUUCGUCCGUCAUUUCGGCUAACAACAAGCAAUAGAUAUUGACAAUUAGGUCGCCUACAUACACGUAUUUGUUGAACAGCUCCUUUUUCAUCUAUUUCAAAGAAUUAAAUAAAUAUUCAAUGUCACAGCAUUAUGAAAUUUUAGGAUUAAAUAUUACUGGCAAUUAUUGUUAUUCUACUCAGGUUUUUUUUUGACGUAAUUCAAUUUCAAAAAGGUUGAUAAUUAAGAUAUCAAUGAAUUUCUCAAAUAUCAACUUACGAGUUAACUGCCAUAACGGUUGUUUUGUUUGACGUAUAUCCCAUGAGGCAAGUUCUCCUUGCUGGCCACCGGCAAAAAUUCCAUAGUCCAUAAAGCUAGAAACACAACUUCUAGGUACCUUGAUGAAUUGAAUUUCUUUUGAAAAUGGUAUCGGUAUAUCUUCAGGAAAAGCACAUGCCUCGACCGAUCCACUGGCACUCGGUAACGUACACUGAGCAACACAGCCUUUCUGACGAGCACCCAGCUCAUAUAAACGAACUGAUGCAUUAGUACCAGUCCCAACAGCAAUCAGGGCAUCCGAUGUAGCAACUUCUUGGGCUGUUGUUGAAGAUGUCUCUUGAACUGUUAAGAAAUAAAUCAACAGGUAAACAAUGCAGUUGAAUUCAGAUGUAUUCUUAUAUACCGCUAGGAAUUGACUAUAUAUGUGUAUCAGGGGAAGCACAAAAUAUAGUGGACAGCUUGGAUGCAACUAGACGAUUUGGACUUCUAUCACAUACGCAACAACAAAUGUAAGUGAAGACAGCCUGUGGAGCAGUAGUCCUCAACAUACACAAGGAAAAGGCCAGAUCUUCAGAUACUACACAGCGAACACAAUCACACUUGAUGGAGAAGCUUUAGAAGAGGAGUAAAGGUAUGCGUACCUGGAAAUCAUCGAUAAACAAGGAGGACCCGGUGCAGACGUAAAUGCAAGGGUCGCAUUCCUACAGUUGAAGAACAUAUGGAACUCAAAACAACUGUCAGCUAAUAUCAAAGUUAGGAUCUUCAAUAUGAACGUCAAGAGUUUUACUGUACGGAAAUGAGUCGUAGAUUACUACAGCUAUGACCAAAAAGGUGCAAGUAUUUAUAAACAGUUGUCUGCGCAAGAUACUCAAUAUCCGUUGACCGGAUACCAUCAGUAACAGCCUACUGUAGGAGAGAACAAGCCAGCUUCAACCUGAAGAGGAAGUUAGGGAAACACGUUCGAGGUAGAUAGGACAUGCAUUACGGAAAUCAUGAAACUUUACCACGAGGCAGACGCUAACUUGAAAUCCCGAAGGGAUACGGAAAAAAAGAAGGCCAAGGAACACACAACGUCGAGAAUCGAAAGCAGAUAUGAAAAUGACGAAUCGCAACUGGAAAGGAUACUUUAGUCUGACAUAUAUGUAUGAUGAGGAAUAGUGAUGCACAACAUAAAUGUGAAAUAUAUUUUGCUAUUAGAAUAUUUGCUGUCUUUAGUCAAAAGGUUUUUAAUAUUACAAUAUAAUUAAAAUAAACAACCCAUAACUUGCCUUCAUACCAGGAAUCUGGGUUGAUGAGAUCAGCUGUUUGAAUCGGUAAACUAGGAUGUUUUCGGAUUGCUAAACAUGUUAUUUCUUCGAGAACCGUUGAAGAAACAGUAUGUGGCUUAACAGCACUAAGGGUUACUGGGAUUGCUGAUAUACAAGUCUAAAUGGAAUAAGUAAGAAUAUAAAAAUCCCAAAGUAACAGGGCCAACGCAAUAGAAUUAAUAUGUUUAACUUCCUAAUUUCAGAAGUUUAACUGUUUUGAAAUUGUCUUUUUGAAUCUAAGCAGAAUUGAACGUUUAUUUUCGGAUUAAUUACAUCCAUUUUAAAAUUUCUGUUCGAAAAAACCAGAGGUUUGACCAUUUGCUAGUUGCUUUAUAGUUGUAUACAAACUAAAAGAUGAUAACUUGCAAUAAUGUCAAUAUACCUUGAUAAUUAAGUAAAUUUCUAUGCAUCCAACUUUGUAACACUUGUAUGAGGAUUAGCGAUAAAGUAAACUCUAAAUCGGUCUAGGUGAAACACAAUUUGUAGCCAAUGAGUUAUCAUCAACAUAGAAUUUUCAUUUAUUUAUUUGAACACAUGAAUAUUGGUACAAGAGAGCGCCAAUAUAUAUGCGCCACACAAAACAAUGAGAAUUCG